GCCCCUUCCCGAAGCAAACAGACACGGCAGGAGCUCUAUCAAACACGCUCGGCUACAUUUCACAACCCUCGAGCCCGCCACCAGAACCCCGCUUCACCGGCGGUGUACGAUAUCUGCGUCGUCGUCGUCGUCUUCACCGGUUCGUUCCUCGCAGCAUUUCCUGGUCGAGAAAUCUCUCCAUUGCGCAGAGCUCUUAUAUCAGGCCGACGACUUCGCAUCGUCUCCUCUUCACAUUCCCUUGGCUUAGUCUGGAUCCCUUUGGCCCGAGGAGCUCACGAACGACGCUCAAAGGCAUAGAUCCACGUGUAACAAACCUUGGACCGCCUUUGACCGGCCCUGUACCACUUUAGGAUUCUUGAACUUGCAUUCCGCAAGAAUUUAGCGUGCGAAGAAGGGAUAGAGGUCCCUGUUAAGACACGACAUGUCCUUCUUCCGCCUAACCAGGACCUUUCGACCCGGGACCCUCACCCCACUCCGCCAAACUACCGCCUCCCCUAACAAAUCAAAAAUGCCAUCCUCCUUCUUCACACCCUCUCCCGGCACCCACCGCAUCGGUCUAGGCCACCGCUUCUACUCCCGGCCCUCUCCCCACGCCCCGCGCAGCACCGAACGCCUCAACAACCGACUCCUCUGGUCUUUCAUCGCACUCAACUGCGGCGUCUUCGGCUACGCGCAGUACCUCAAAGCGCAAGCAGUACAGGGCUACCAACAGCCGCUGAUCAAGUUCAUGCAGAACUUCACGCUCAACCUGGACGGCGUGCUGAAAGAGGGACGGUGGUGGACCAUGAUUACGAGCGUGUUUACGCAUCUGUCGCCGAUGCAUUUGCUGGCGAACAUGCUGAGUAUCUAUUAUAUAGGGGGCAUGUUGGCCUCGACGCCCGGAUUUGGCCCGGGGAGGUUCAUCGCGCUGGUUCUGGGGUCGGGACUCUCGGGGAGCCUGGGCUACCUCUGGUUGAGGGCGCGGAAUGCGCAAGGCCGACCCGAUUUCAUGCGCGGUCUGGGAUUCUCGGGCGCGGUUAUGGGGGUUGGUGCGGUGACGGCGUUCAUGUACCCCAGGACGCAGAUGAUGAUUUAUGGGAUUGUGCCGGUGCCGCUGUGGGCUCUGAUGGCUGGGUAUGCUGUGUACGAUGGGUAUUAUUUGAAUGAUGAGCGGAGUCGGGUUGGGCAUGCGGGACAUAUUGGAGGAUUGGCUUUUGGCGUGCUGUACUACUUUGCGAGGAUGAGAGGGUUAGGCUUCUGAGUGUAGAGACGUAGAGGCGUCGAGCGCGUGGGAAGGGUCCUGUAAGAUAGGAAGAACGAGGGGUGGGUUUGUAUCCGUAGUUGCUUGUAUUUGGUAUCAAGAAAAGCAUAAGCGUGAGUCGAUUGAGAUCGUAAAGAGAUCAUAAAAUAAAUAUACUCCAAGGUUUUGUGUGC